UUGUACAUGUGCAAAUGCUUUACUUAAUUAGUUAUCCAGUAUAAUUUCCCUGCAACACAUAGUUUUCCAGUACUUCUAAGGCCUGAUAAUAUCUUAUGUACAAGGAUUUAUAAUAUGAAUUUAACCCCCAUAAAUUUUCUUACCUCUAGCUCACUUCUGUGAACAUUCUUCAUCAAUGGAAUCGUGCUGCAUUAAUCAGUUUCUAGAAGGCAAGACCAUUUUCAUCACUGGUGCAACUGGCUACCUAGCAAAGAUUCUCAUCGAGAAGAUACUCCGAGUCCAGCCAAAUGUGAAGAAGCUCUACUUGCUAAUUAGAGCUCCAGAUUCAAAUUCAGCUAAAGAGCGUUUUAACAACGAAGUCAUAAAGACGGACCUGUUCAGAGUUCUAAGGGAGAAGUUGGGUGCCAACCUACAUUCCCUUAUACAAGACAAGGUUUUCCCAGUUCCUGGUGAUAUAGCUUGUGAUAAUUUGGGGAUAAAUUCUGAUAUGCAAGAUGAGAUGUGCAGAGAAAUAGACAUAAUUGUAAACUCAGCUGCUACGACUAGAUUUGAUGAAAGAUAUGAUACUGCAAUAAGGAUCAAUGCAUUUGGUACCUUGAAUGUUCUCAAAUUUUCCAGGCAGUGUUCAAAACUAAAGAUGCUUCUCCACGUAAGCACAGCCUAUGUUUGUGGAGAAAAGGAAGGAUUGAUACUAGAGAAACCAUUGCACUAUGGUGAGACGCUUAAUGGAGGCUCUCAAUUGGACAUAGAAGUGGAGCAAAAGUUGGUAGAGGAGACACUAAAAGACCUUAAAGCUAGGAAUGCCGCUGAAAAAGAAGUAACUUUAGCUAUGAGAGUUCUAGGUAUUGAGAGGGCAAAGAUACAUGGAUGGCCAAACACAUACUCGUUCACAAAAGCAAUGGGAGAGAUGCUUUUGGGACACCUGAAGGAGGAUCUCCAUCUCAUAAUCCUUCGGCCAACAAUCAUAUCAAGCACAUACAAGGAGCCAUUCCCAGGAUGGAAUGAAGGACUGAGAACCAUGGACACCUUCAUUGUUGGCUAUGGUAAAGGGAAACAGAAUGUUGCGAUGGGUGAUAGAGAAUCAAUACUGGAUGUGAUUCCAGCCGAUAUGGUUGUGAACUCAGUCAUCGCGGCUAUGGUAGCCCAUAGAAAUCGAUCUUCCCAUACGGCUAUUUACCAUAUUAGCUCCUCUAGGACGAAUCCACUAAAAAAUACUGAUAUUAUGCAAUUUUCCGCUGAAUACUUCAAGAAGAAUCCAUGGAUUAACGAAAGAGGAACGCCAGUCAAAGUCAAGAAAUUUCAUUUACUGGAUGGCAUGGCUAGCCUUCACAAAUACAUAGCUAUCCACUACAUGCCAUUAUUAAAGAUAUUAAAGUGGGCAAACUUGAUACUUUGCCAACGUUUACAAACCUUGCAUUCAAACUUAGAAAGAAGGAUCAAUCGCGUCAUUCGACUUGCUGAACUCUACAAACCCUAUACAUUAUUCAAAGGAAUUUUCAAUGAUACCAAUGCUGAAAUGCUGCGAAUGGCAACAACAGAAAGUAAUGCAGAUGAUACAUUUAAUUUUGAUCCAAGAACCAUUCAGUGGGAAAAAUACUUCAAGGAAAUUCAUAUUCCCGGAUUAGUGAAAUACGUUUUCUAAAAAGGCAGAAUUAUGCGAUAAAAAAGGCUGAUAUGCCACUCUGCUUAAAGCUGUGUUGCUGCUUAAAUUCCAUUAUGAAGUUGUUCGAAUGACAAUGUCAGUUCAAGAAAAUAUUGGCGGUAUUAUAUGUAAUUGAAAGACCACUUUCUCUGUUUCACAUAUGAUUAAUAGUAGUAAUAACUAUUUACCAGCAAAUUGAACUCAAAGAUUGGGUUCUUUUUCUUGUACAUAUAUAUGUAACGGCUUUCAUCAGAAGAAUAAGUAGCUUUUAUAUAACAUACACGAUUUUAUAUUC